AAAAAUCCAAAACUAUCAUGAAAUUGCCGAAAACAAUCAUACCAGUGAUUCUGGUUCUAUGCUCUGUCUUUGCUGUUUGUCGCGGCAAAGUUACUGCACAAAAUAUGAGCAUCGGAGACAAAGCAAGAUGGGUUGGUUCUUUCGUGGGUAUAGAACAACCACAAAUAGGUGCAUCCAUAUAUGAUGCAGGGGCCCAUUUGGUUUCUCAGAUGGGGGCCCAGGGAGCAUCAAUUCUUCUCGGAGGACUGCUUAUGAUGUCGAAGGACCCCAAGGCGGGAGCUGUUGCAGACGUGAUCAUCGACCAUUUUGCAGACGCUUACAACAAGUCGGGGGUGGCAAAAUGGAACCAAACGAUGCUGAAGGCUCAUCAGGCCCAGUUAGCGGGACUGGUUCUUAGUAAAUUGGACAUUGUAGGAACAGUGCAUGAUGUCACUAGAAUGGGCAGUGCUCGGAUGGUCAUGCCUUUAACCAAAGAAUCGAAAGUGAACAAAGAUUGUUACGAAGAUGCCAUGGACGUCUUAGACGCUGUGAAUGAAAUGCAAAGGAGCGACUUGUCGUGGGCCAGAAUUAUGUUUGACGCAACAGGAAAACUGCCAUCUGGAGUCCUAAGAGGACAUAUGACGGCGCUGGGAUCAUAUGAAUCCUGUUUAGAAAUUCAUGGCAGAAUUCCUAAAAACAUAAGGAUUGGCGCCCUCAACAAAACGUCAUCACGCUACCCACGUGAUUUUGACACCAAAUAUUGCCGAGCCACAAUGACGCUGAAACCAACCGUGUUUGGAAGUGGAGUGGACACCCACGGCAUCCGUCCCCUGUUGACCCUCGGGUUGUGCCUGCCAGAUUCCUGCAAAGCCCAGGACGUGGAAGGAAUUUUGAGGCUCGGAUAUGUGGGUAGGAGCUUAGGGUCUGGAGUGAAUGAUACGGAGGUCUAUUGUCCCGAGGAACGUUCUAUGGAAGGAGACACACCUGCAAUUGUUGCCGUAGUGAUAUUAUCCAUAUUUGGAUGUUUGGUACUCUGUGGAACAUUAUAUGAACUUCGACAACAGUUUACCGUUAUAGAGAAAAACUCUUCCUAUAAAACUAAUCUGAAACAGGAUGACCAUUAUGAUGUCAUAAAGGAAAGAGCAGAAAACUGUUAUACUACGGUGAAUCCAGCUUUUGUUCCUGACGAAUCGAAAACUAAUGGUGACGUGAAAGUCCAAAACGGAGGUGGAGGAAUACAAAAUGGAAGCACAGGCGUAGGACUUCCAUCUGGUUACAUGCACCAUAAAGAGGGCGACAGUAUCCAACCUUCUGGAGCUCCAAAUGGGAGAGGCACAGAGACGGGCUCAAAUCACUACGUCACAGUUACAGUUAAUUCCAAAGAAAAGUCUGGAACAGAGCGAAAAGCGCCUCAGAGGAAAGAUGGGACUCUUGGGAUGUUCUUUAAAAGUUUCUCGAUCAUUACUAACGCCCCAAAACUUUUGUCUGGGAAAAGUGGUCCAGGAGCCAUUACGUGUCUCCAUGGAAUCCGGUUUUUCAGCAUCACAUGGAUUAUGCUUGGGCAUACCUAUAACUAUGGACUAGUGAAGACUCCGGGAGUCAUGACUACAGUAAAUUUUGUGGAUGCUAUACCAAUGACACAACGGUUUUCCUUCCAAGCGGUUGUUGGUGCAGGGUAUGGUGUCGACACUUUCUACAUGAUAAGUGGGAUGCUUCUUGCAUUUAUCCAGCUAAAACAAAUGGCAAAACUCAAAAAAGACCCCAAGCCAGGGAAGAUCGGAUAUUAUGUGUUCUACUACUAUUUCCACAGAUUUUGGAGGUUGACUCCUAUGUACAUGAUAAUCUUGAUGAUCUAUACCUGCCUGACGUUAUAUCUGGGUAACGGUCCCAUGUGGCCCAAACAGAUUGAUUCUGCGGAAUACUGCCGUGAGAACUGGUGGACAAAUAUUCUGUAUGUCAACAACUUGGUACAUACAGAUAAACAGUGUAUGGCUUGGACAUGGUUCCUAGCAAAUGACAUGCAGUUUUACGUGGUUUCAAUCAUUCUCCUUUUCUUCCUAACAGUGAACAUCAAAUUGGGGUCGUUCUUCGUUUUCCUGCUUAUGUCUGCCGGGAUAGUGUCUGCUGGAAUUAAAGAACACAAAUACAAUGGAAGCUUCUUCACAAUGCAGUCUGACGGCGGAGCGUUUUGGAACAAUGUUUACAUUACACCUUGGUGCCGAGUAGCUGCAUUUUGUGUGGGCUUAUUUCUUGGUGUCAUUUUCUACAAAAAACCAAAAGCCAAUCUAACAAGGACAAAGGCCUUCAUUGGAUGGUGUGUAGCUGUGACUGUAGGAUUUACACUUGUUUACUGCACAUACAGCGAAAAUAAGAAAAAUGGAGAAACGUGGUCACGCAAUUUCCGUGCUGUGUACGAAUCUCUUGGAAGACCUUUGUGGUCUGUUUGCGUUGCCUGGGUAAUUGCUGCCUGUCAUUAUGGGCGUGGAGGUGUUGUAAAUUCCAUCUUAUCCUGGAGUGGGCUGGUCCCUUUGUCUAGAAUGUCGUACGCUGUGUAUCUUGUACAUCCAAUAAUGAUGAUGAUUUACGUGUUCUCAAAGAGGUCACUUGUCUACAUCGCGAAUUAUGACAUUAUUUAUUUAUUCCUUGGGCAUACUGUGAUGUCAUUUAUGGUAGCUUUCGUGGUGUCACUGGCUUUUGAGGCGCCCUUUAUGGCUUUGGAAAAGUUAAUUAUCGGUGGAAGAAAGUGAAAAAGAGGAAAUAAACAAUAUCCAAUAUUUUUCUCAUUUUUAUGAACAGGGACUGAUAAAAUUUUGUGUGCUUUCAGAUACAAAUAUACUUUAUUGUACAUAAUCUCCAUUUAACUGAUAUUUAUUAAAUUUUAUACUAUCCAAAUAUUGUAAAUUAAUACAUGUACAUAUGUAUGCCUUUUGCUUUCAUUUGUAUGACUUUUGCUUCAUAGAAACAUCAUAUCAAUACAUAUCUAGAAUGAGUGAACAAGGUUAGUAAACUAUGUUAAUAAUAAGGUUGUUAAUGAUUAAGGAAAAUAGAGUGAAAAGUAAUUUUUCAAACUUCUACAUCAAAGCAAUUAUGUCAUGAACCAAUAAAUGAAUAAAUUGUCCUUUCAUGUUGAAUGUUCAAAGUUAAAAGAAAAAGUUCAUUAUGAUAAGGUUUGGGCAUUUACUAAUAUUUUUAUAUUGAAGCUUUAAGAAUACUGUGGAAUCAUCAAUGUUCCUGGGGGAUCAAUGUCCAUGGCUUUCGUGGGUGACCCUGACCCACGAAUUUACAUCUCCACAAACAUUUGUUUUAUUAUUCAUUUAAAGUUAUAUUACGAAAUAGAACUUGUUACCAACGAAAUUACGUCCCCAUAAACCAGGAAAGUUUGGCUUCCCACGAAUACUGACCCCCACGAAUAAAAAUGAUUUCACAGUACGUAGUUCUCAGAUUUUUUACUUUGAAUUCUUUUACAAUAUUGGUUUAUUUAGUUGUUGAUACAUUUCACUUCAGAUCUGUGAUAUUUUCUGUUUCAAUAAACUUUAAUAAUUAUA